CCUACGUCAUCACUCGGUGCCGUGAACUUCCUGGUUGUGAUAGUUUGUGUCAACAAAGCAGAGUUGAGUUCGCUCACCAGUCCGUCUGCCUCGGUCCCGGUGUCGGUCCCGGUCCCGGUGUCGGUGUCGGUGUCGUGUGUUACCGGGAGCAUCAUGACUUCCCGCGUACUCGCCGCGGUUCUUCUACCGAUCUGUUGGCUCUUCGUGUCGCUGGCGAAGGACGCGACCAGCCCCGCGGCGCCCCGCUCCGCGGCGCCCCGCUCCGCCGCGACGACGAACUCCAGCGCGGGGAACUCGACGAGCCGCGGCCUGUUCACCGGCCUGAGCGUGGACAGCUCGAUGAUCCAGCGGGCUCUGUACGUGCUCAUCGCCAUCACCAUGAUCGGAGUCCUGUACUUCCUCAUCCGAGCCGUGCGGCUGAAGAAACCAGCCCAGAGGAAGAAGAAGUACGGUCUGUUGCUCGACCGCAGAGACUCAGUGGAGAUGGACGAGGUGGAGAGUGACGAGGACGACACGCUGUUCGAGUCCCGUGGCCUCCGCAGAUGAGUCCAGGAUCCUGUCUCUCAUAUUGAUUAUGGAUUAUGGAUCGGGAGAAUGAGGAUGGAGCGGCGACUGCUGGAAGAAAAAGAAUGGACCAAUCUUUAUUAUUAUUAUUAUUAUUAUUAUUAUUGAUGCAGAUAAAUGCCAAAGCUUCCAGCUGCUCCGCAGACGAGCAGGAUAAUCUAUAUUUUUUACGUGCUGUCGUGCGACGCUAUCGCAGGUCGUCAUGGCGACAGACUUUAAUCCUCCUCCAAGUCUUUUUCUACAAUUUUCACUCUGAAGAGUUUAACUGCUGACGUGAUCGUUCAGUGAUUGAUCAGUGUGAUGUGAUCGAUCAGUGAUUGAUCAGUGUGAUGUGAUCGUUCAGUGAUUGAUCAGUGUGAUGUGAUCGAUCAGUGAUUGAUCAGUGUGAUGUGAUCGUUCAGUGAUUGAUCAGUGUGAUGUGAUCGAUCAGGACUGUGAUCAGCUGUUGGAGCUGGAUCGAGGACUAAAAUUAUAUUUUUCUAUAUUUUCUGCUGUGAAAGUUUCAUGAUUGUGUAACGACCCCCCCAUCUUCCUCAUCACCCUCAUCUUCCUCAGACCUUCGUCACGUUUGUUUUUCUUCUAAUUGUCAAUCUGAUCAUAAUUAAUAAACCCGUGUGUUGGACGUGUGAACGUUGAUCAGGGAAUAAAUGAUGACGAACAUAAAAAUAUAUAUAAAAUAUAUUUCAUAUUUGACCUGCUGGAGGUUUAUGACCAUUUCAUCAUGACAUUCAGCUUCCACAGAAAUCUGCCAUGAAAUAUGACAUCAUCAUCAUUAUGUUCUUGUUCAGAUGUUUUAUAUCAAAAAUGUUUCAUGAAUUAAAUUCAAUGUGAUGACAACUCA